AUAGUUUUGGUGCACAUAUAUAUUGCGGUCAUAGAAAUUGCUGAAUUUCUGUUUAAACCUUACUCUAAUCAAAAUGUCUAUUGAGUAUUCACCAAACCAAUAAAUCUCAUAUGCUUGAAUUGCCGAGUCAGCUGCGAAUAACACACAUCAUGUUUCAUAGAUUUCUACUGAUUACAGCUAAAGUUUUCCUGACUCUCUCUUAUCCUUUCCCAGCUGACUCACAAAAGGAUUUAGUACAACCGGAUGAAACGCACUUAGAAGGAGUCCCCUCUUUUAUUCAACAUCCAAAGCCACAAUAUUACACAAUGAAGGAUCAUCCAGCAACGAUUGAAUGUGUAGCUGAACCAGUUUCACAUGCUGCCAUUAAAUGUGCUGAACAGACGAUACCUUACAAAGGUCCCGGUGAAUCUGGAAGGUUACAAGUCACACAAUUAAAUUCAGAAAACCAACCAGAUCCAGAAGGGAAACGCUGGGUGUUACGUAUGAAGGUCAAAGCUCGAGAAGUCGAAGAAUGGUUCGACUCAUAUGUUUGCCAUUGUGAAGCUUGGAACAAAGUAGUGGAGUUACAAAGACCAAAGAAAGUCAUAAGCAAGCCGACAGUAGUCAAGGAAGCAUACUUGGAUAAAAAGUUUCAACUGGAACCAGUUUCUACAGACUUGGCUGUCAGUAAACGUCUCGUUCUCACAUGCAUGCCACCCAAAGGGGAUCCUGAUCCUGAGGUUUUUUGGUUGAAAAAUGAGAAGCGUGUUGAUAGCAAAUCAUUUCCCCAUAUCAUAAUCAAUGACUAUAACCAUCUCAUCAUUGAGAAUACAACAGUUGCUGAUAGUGGAAAUUACACGUGCGUAGCAUCAUGUUUGGGCAUUGAAUAUAGGUAUGCAAAUGCACGUGUCAACAUAUUUCCUUAUAAUUCGGUUAUGAAUCGACCAGUAAAUGAUGACCUAGUCGAUUGGGGCGAAUGGGGAGCAUGUCAUAAGCUUACAAUUGAAGGGAAUAAUCCUAGAACGGUUUGUCAGCAAACGCGUUAUCGUCUAUGUGCAAAUCAACCAGCUUCUAGGUCUGAAGUAAAAUUAACAGAUUCUAAUCGCUUAGCAAAUGAUCGGUGCCCUCUACCUAUAUUUGAAACGAGAAACUGCUCAUCAAACCAAUGUACAAGUAUUUUACAUUCAGUUGAUCCUAAAGGGAUUUACAUUUUGGAUACGAAGUUAUCAACUACUGCUUCCACGAUAUCAAGUACACAAAUGUUUAGAACUCGAGAAAUCGCUAUUUAUGUUGGCUUGUUCUUAUCCUUAGCUGUUCUGCUGGCUAUUGUAGCUAUAGUUGCUCUCAUAACGAGAAGAAAAAGUCUGAAAUUCUCGACUACACGCGCAAUUCAUUAUUCUACUUGUUUUCAUGGUAAGCGGUCAUGUCGACAAGACAAAGUUGGCAAGAAACCCCAAGACUUACUACUGUCGGGUGAUCUGACACAAACUAUGAUAACGAUAAUGAAUCCAAGCGUAGCUGAUGUUCAAAAUCAAAAAAUGGGUAGAAUGAACCAGAAUUAUAACACGAAUAACAUGAAUGGCUCACCUGGCAUGACAAAUUUAAUGAAUGGUGCAAUCAACGGAUUUCAGAUUCAACAUCAGUAUAGUUCUGCACAAGUUAACAAUAUUCCUCUAAGUACAGUUGGACAAAGCUUGGUGUUUACAAACGGUGCAUCACUGAGAACGCCAACCUCACUUCUGGCGAACCUACCUCCUCCUCCUGCACCACCACCACCACCUCCACCAACUCCUCCACCUCCACUACCAGUACCUUUGCCUCCGAUUCCAACUACAUCUGUUACCCUCGAUGGGAACAAUGCAGCAUCUGAUCUCCCUGCAUAUGCUGGAUUCCCAAGUAACUUGCCGGGUACACAGCAUUUUAUGAAUAAUUUAUCUUGUCACGUUAAUGGGUAUUUGAAUUCCGGCCAAUAUAUGCAGACAAGUGUGGGGCUUAAUAACCAUGUGGUGAAUUUAGCAGCAGAGCCCACAUAUGUUGGAUCUGAGGUAGGUUUACCUAGACUAACAUGUGGACAGAAUUUCAACUUAUCCGGACAUCCAGCUGUAAUUGGUGGUAAUAUAAAUGUUCCAGUUGACAGUCCAUCGGGCCCUUCUCCAGCGAAUACAGGGACAACUAUCACAGCUGUUGGGUCAUGUAACGGAGGAAGUAGUAAUGGAUCAAUGGGACCACCUAUUAAUGGAUGUUUAGUAAACAGAAGUCACAACAACUUCACCAUGAAUUAUUUGAAUUCAGAAACUGAAGCAUUUAAUGAUAAAUCUAGGCCGCAGUCUGGCUUAUAUCAUGAACUAUCUUUAGACAGAUGUUCUGCCAGUCGAUCACUUUUAUCUGAACUUAAGGAUCCCUUCAAUUUGGACACCAUUGUACGUGGUACCAUAUCGUGUAGCGGUGAUCAACUUGCUUUACAAGAAUCAGGUGUUUUCCUAACUAUACCCCAGGGUGCAUUACAGCCUAAUUCAUCUGCUGAAAUUUAUUUAGCUAUAUGUAGAGAAGAUAAGCAUCGUCCUACACUAGGAGAUCAUCAAACUUUAAUAAGUCCUGUUAUUCAAUUUGGUCCAGUAGAUCUGCAUUUGUCGAAACCUGUACUUCUAUCGUUCCCUCAUUGUGCAGCAUUAAAUCAAAGUAGUUGGCUUAUACGUGUUUUAGCGCUAGGACAGCAUUUCAGUCGCUCACCUAAUAAUUUAAAUACAUCAGAUACAAAUGCUUAUGCAUCCACUUAUAAUGGAUUAUCGUCAAAUCUUGAUAACUUUUCUUGGCAAGAGGUGGGUAUUAUUGGUUAUGAAUCAAACAACAAUAAUCUAGUGUGUCAUCUCGACUUUAACAUGGCCCACUUAAUGACUGAUUGUGCACAACGUUACUGUUUAGUUGGUGAAACACAAAAAAUCCUAGGUGGAAGUCUUUUUCCAUUCAACCAUGUUCAUAACAAAAGCUGUAGUCAUACUGAAUUUCAAGAUUUAUCCAAUGGUGUCAACAGCAACGGUUUGCAACGCAUGAAAACUGCUUACAAUGCUAACAACAAUAAUGUUAUGACAGACAGUUCACAAGACAGUGGAUUCUUGUCUGAUUUACAACCUGCGACAAAAAUUCUGAAAUUAGCUGCUUUUUCUGGACCUCUGAUACCAACAAUCGACUAUAAUAUACGUGUUUAUGUACUAGCAGAUACGAAAGAUGCCUUGGAACAUGUUUUGAGUGUCGAGAGAAGACUUGAAGGAAAACUGUUAGACAAUCCUAAGUCUUUACUGUUCAGAGACAGUGGUGGAGGGCUAUGCUUUUUUAUUGAAGAUAUUUCCACAGGUUGGAGAAGUAGACUGCAAACGAAAUCCCAGGAAAUACCUUUCCGACAUAUAUGGAAUGGAACGCAAAUGUCAACACUGCACUGUGCUUUUUCACUAGAACAUUUGGAUCCGCAUCAGACAACAGUUUCCUGUAAAAUUGUGGUUUACCAGGAGAAUUCCCAACUGCAAAGUCAAGUUUUGAAAAUUUCCAGCCAAAAGUUUGAGAUUUCAAAUUCCUCUCAACUGAAGUCCGGAACUUCAAGAACAAGAUUCUCUAGCCCUGAAGACGGCGGUUCAGAAGUCCACCACUCACCUAUUUCAUACAGACUACCAGCUGUUGUCACUCAAAAACUUUGUAAAUUGUUGGAAGGUCGAGACAAUGAGUGGCAUAAACUAGCUAAACAAAUGGGUAUGGAAAGAGUUUUUGACUGAUCAGAAUGAAUUGGACGUAGCGUCACACGAUAAUACACAAACUGUUUGUAGCUCAUGGUGAGAAGUCUAAGUCAUGUUUUAGCUCAGACUGAUUUAUCAACAUAUAUUCCAGUGAAGUUUCGACGACAAAUGGUUGUUAACCAUAAUGCCGGCUCACGAAGCACAUCAAUAUGAAAAUACCACUUUGCAUUUCUGUCAUAUAUACUAAUCCCACACUGUUUGUUGCAAUAACACAUUUCAGGUACAUUUUCUAUCUGAAAUCUCAAUCAAGUCCCACAACAGUUCUUCUAAAUAUGUGGGAAGCUCGACAUCGUGAUGAACCAACAGUGAACAACUUAAAGGCUAUCUUCUUUGCUAUGGAUCGGAUGGACUGUGCAAAUAUAUUGGAUCUAGAUAUGAAUUCACAAAGUUGCCGUCGCUAAAUAUGCAUAAAAUAGAGUGCAAAAAUGAACAAUAUUUACAAAUAUUAUCACCUUAAGUAUACACCGUAAAAAAGAUGUGUUGAUGCGAAUUAGAGUAUACAUUUCCAAAAUACAUAUCUUAGAUUUAUUACUUCAGUAAAAUAGGUAAUUUGAUGCAUUUAAUUAAGUACACCGAUAUAACAUGAUGGACUGUUAUUAUACUUCUAACGCCACAUCAACAAGUGGGUAAGAAGUAAGAUAUCUAGCAACUCGCAUGGAGGUUCUCAAUAUCUAGUGUCUGAACCUCUUGACAAGAACAAGUCUUUCGAUAUUCCACUUAAAAACCCAGCUAACAAUUUAUCACAAGUUAUUGCUAUACUGAUUCCUUAUUCAUUCAGUAUGGUUAUUACCCGAUAUGACAAUGAUGACAGACAACAUUCGUCAUAUUAUAACUGGUGAAGACAUCAAAUUCAUCAUUUUGUAACUCUCAUUUUUCAUUGGCUGCAUACAACAUACAAUGGACAGUAAACCCUAUUCCAUGCAUUUAACUAUUAUAGUAGAUUGUGGUUUUGAUGAGUCUGCCCAUCAUGUACAUGAAUGCAAGCAUGAACAACGGCCUGAAUGUUCGAUUGACUUUGAAAUUUUCGCAAAGACCUCGCUUAGUAAACAUUAGCAAUAUUAUUUCGCCACUUAUCUUUGUCUGUUUGUUUAUUCACCCGUCUGUAAGUGCUUGCCUGCUAAUUUGAUACUUAUAUUGUACAGUUUUUCAUUUUAACUACACAAAAGUUAUUAUGAACAUGUCAAUUGUGAAAAUAAACAAGGAUUAGUUUGUUU